AUGAAUUGUUUGUUUUUAACUGGUAGAAUUCCCUGUUUUUUUUUUGGAAAAAAAUAUGCUUUUUUACGGCACAAUUCUAGUGUUCAAAAGUCAACAUCAGAUUCAUAUACAGAUCUUCUUCUUAGAAUUCUCUAUGAAUCACCUAUUCAACCGCCUAUUCAAUUUUCAGAGGAGGAGCUUGAAAGACAUGAAGUAAUUCAUCGAGCAUGGCAGAUUUGUGAAAGAGUAAAAAGAGAAAAACUUGAUAGACAGCUUGAGAUGCAGUAUAAUAAGAUGAAAAAGGCAUGUGCAGAGCUAGAGCGUACGGACAAGCGGUUAUUCAAAGCUGCUAUAUCAAAAAAGAAGUAUUAUUUUCCUGUAGAAAUGCGUACACCGACAGAUACACCUCCAUCACAAAUUUGGAAAUAUAAAUGGACAAUGCCCUCUGAAAAAGCUGAUAUAUAG